GUGCGGGGCUGGGGGCACACGGAAUAGACUCCCAGUCACGUUCGGAUACAGAGAAGCCUCCCCCCCCCCUUUCCAUCCAUCAAACAGGUGCACUGGCAGUAACCAAUGGGCUGCGGGUCCCGGUGACUUGUGUCCCAGCGCAGAGAGGGGGAGACUCAGUCCGGAACACCGGCCUUCCCGGGAUCCCCUGCUGCCCUUCCUCUGUACAGAGAUUCCCUAUUUACUGCUGAUUCUUCCCUGGAGCGGGGGGGGGGGUCCCCAUGAAUGGAUCAUGGACGGGAUCAGCGCUGAUGCAGCUUCAACCAAAUUCCUCAGCUUCACACAACGCUCCGUCUCCGAAGACCUGGGCUGCCGACGGGGGGAAUUCAGCAGGAAACAUUACGGGUCGGUGGAAUUGCUCAUAUCCAGUGAUGCAGAUGGAGCCAUACAGAGGGCUGGAAGAUUUCGAGUGGAGAAUGGCUCCUCAGACGAGAGUACGGACUAUACGCCAGGUACUUGGAGAAGAACAGAUGUUCAUUUGGAAAACCCAGAGUAUCACACCAGAUGGUACUUCAAAUAUUUUCUAGGAAAAGUACAUCAGAACUAUGUUGGAACGGAUGCAGAAAAGAACCCAUUUUUUCUCUCCGUGGUACUUUCUGACCAAAACAAUCAGCGGGUUCCGCAAUACAGAGCAAUCUUAUGGAGGAAAACAGGUACACAGAAAAUUUGCCUUCCGUACUGCCCCACAAAAACAUUAUCAGUGAAAUCUAUAUUAAGUGCCAUGAAUCUUGACAGAUUUGAAAAAAGCCCCAGGGAAAUUCUCAAUCCAGAGAUCCAAAAGGACCUGCUGGUUCUUGAAGAACAAGAAGGUUCAGUGAAUUUUAAGUUUGGAGUUCUCUAUGCCAAAGAUGGCCAGCUUACAGACGAUGAAAUGUUCAGCAAUGAGGCUGGAAGUGAAAGUUUCCAGAAAAUGCUGAAUUUACUCGGCGACACUAUCACGUUGAAGAGUUGGGUCGGCUACAGGGGAGGUCUAGACACCAAAAAUGACACAACAGGAAUACAUUCCGUCUACACUGUUUACCAAGGGCACGAGAUCAUGUUCCACGUCUCCACGAUGCUGCCGUACUCUAAAGAGAACAAGCAGCAGGUAGAACGAAAACGUCACAUAGGGAAUGACAUCGUGACCAUAGUGUUCCAGGAGGGGGAUGAAGCCUCAUCAGCCUUCAAGCCUUCCAUGAUUCGUUCCCACUUCACUCAUAUUUUUGCCUUAGUGAGAUAUAACAAGCAAAACGACAGCUACAGGCUAAAAAUAUUUUCAGAAGAAAGCGUUCCGCUGUUCGGACCUCCACUCCCAUCGCCGCCCGUCUUUACCGAUCACCAGGAAUUCAGGGAUUUUCUGCUCGUAAAAUUAAUUAACGGCGAGAAAGCGACUCUGGAAACGCCAACGUUCGCCCAAAAGAGACAGCGCACUCUGGAUAUGUUGAUACGAUCGCUGUACCAGGACCUCAUGCCAGAUUUACAUAAGAACAUGCUAAACAGAAGGUCCUUCAGUGACGUGCUUCCAGAAUCACCCAAAUCAGCCCGGAAGAAAGAAGAGGCCCGGCAGGCGGAGUUUGUCAGGAUUGGGCAGGCGCUCAAACUGAAAACCAUCGUCCGAGGGGACGCCCCAACCAGUCUGGCGACAACAGGGCUGUGCCGGAAAGAGCCUUGGGAAUCCCAGUGCUUCUGCAACAGCUUUACUCAUGAGGCGCUGGGGGGCGACUCUUGGGGGCAGUCUCUCCUAGUUUCCACGGACGCCGGGGUGUUGUUAAUAGACGAUGGGCAGCCGUUGGUAACAGUAUUCGACAAAACAUUUCAGAUCAAACAAAUGCACGUGCUAGAAAAUUUGGACCUCUUGAUCACAAGAGUAGACAAAGGGAAAGAAGCUCGCCUUUAUGUCUUCAGACUCAGUUCCAUCAAAAAGGGCUUGGAAGACAAGCAGGUUAUGAAGAGCAAAUAUGAAUGUAGGGAAAACAAACUUGAAAAAACAAAAGGGUGCCAUUUGUACGCUAUAAACACCCACCACAGUAACGAGCUGAGAAUAGUAGCGGCCAUUAGGAACAAAUUACUGCUCAUCACCAGGAAACACAAGCAGCUCAACAGUUUCACCGGGUUCAACGUGACGUCCCCUUCUACGGAAUCACCCGUGGAGGAAUUCCAGUACAUAAGGGAAAUUUGUCUGUCGGAUCCUCCGGUGGUAAUGACCCUCGUGGAUGGCCCUACAGGAGAUAAUGAUAACAUGAUCUGCGUUGCUUACCGGCACCAAUUUGAUUUGGUCAAUGAGAGCACCGGAGAGUCCUGUCGACUGCAUCACGUUGACGCAAGUAGGGUUAAUUUUGUUGCAGCUAUUGAUGUGUAUGAAGACGGAGAAGCAGGACUACUUCUUUGCUACAACUAUAUGUGCUAUUAUAAGAAAGUAUGUCCAUUCAAUGGGGGUUCCCCGCUUAUACAGCCGUCCGCCUCAGAUUUCCAUUUCAGUUGGAACCAAGUUCCAAACGCAGUUGUGUGUGCAUUCCCGUAUAUCUUGGCUUUCACCACUGAUUCCAUCGAAAUCCGGUUGGUUGUCAAUGGCAAUUUGGUCCACACGGCCGUUGUCCCUGAACUGCAGCUGGUGGCCUCCAGGUCAGAUAUUUACUUCAAAGCAACGGCAGCGGUGGGUUCCUCGUCCAACAGCAGUUCGAAGGAUACAAGCUCACACAGCUCUCCGAUGACACCUACAGGCUAUGAACUGCCAGUGUUCCCAUCGUCUCCAGGAGAAGCCGAAGUGCAAUGCCGAAACAUCUACAAGAUUCCCCUGAGCAAUCUGGUUGGACGAAGCAUCGAGCGACCCUUAAAAUCCCCACUGGUUCCCAAAGUCAUCACUACGCCAACCUCCGGCAGCAUCGGCGGAAUCCCGGUCACUCACUCGCUGUCGCUCUCGCGCAUGGAAAUCAAGGAAAUAGCCAGCAGGACAAGGAAGGAAUUAUUGGGUCUCUCCGACGAGUCGGGACCCAAAUCUGAAUCUUCACACAAGCAGAAGAAACUCAGCAGGAAACAGACGGACGAGGACAGUAAGCAGGAGACCCCGAGAUCCCCGAGCGCCGAAAGGAUCAAUUCAGGCUCAUUCGAAAGCAACUCGGAAGGCCAGCGGCACUGCUCGACCAGCUCCGACCCCGACACGAAUAUCAGCGUGGAAGAGAGCCCCCCGUUCAGCAGCAGCCCCUUCCUCAUGGCUGCUUCCUUUGAUGAGGAUAUUGUGGAUUUAAAGUGAAGACAAUCUCAGUGACCCUGGUCCUCUUCUCCCUCCUCUUCCUCGCAACCAUCUACUCGUGGAAGGCUGAAGUGGCCACGUUCAAGUCAUCGUCCACUACGGCUCCCACCAUUCACCGUCCACACCAAGAGGGGCUUACCAGUCCCACCUAACUGGUUGGUUCUACAGAAAUGGUCACAAUAAUGGCUUCAUGUGGCCAGGGGUUGAGGACAAAUGUCCUGAAUGUUCUGUGCGUGUUGCAGCGCUCAUACAGUGUAGCCUAAGACUAACCAAUCAAAAUGCUGCGUUCUUGUCAACCAUGUUUCCCUCCCCUUCUGCUCCCUAUUAGACCCGCAGUUGAGGUUGCUAUAGGGGUAGCACUUUUGUUAAUUUCUGAAACCAUAUAGAGAAGGAAAAAGUGCACCCCCAUGUAUUCUACAGUACAGGAAAAUCCGUGUUCUACUGGGUUUAUUCACCCACCUCACUUACAAAUUUUAAAAAACUGUUGUCAUGACAAACAACUGACAUUUGACAUAGAUAGCAUAGGAAAUUACAGGGAAGUUCUCAAAACAUAAAUAUUCGGUAAAGAAACUGAUCUUAUUUUCCAGCUGCUAUACAUACACACAUGGUACUUACAACCUUCCGACUCUUCCUAAGACACAAUGCAACAGGAGAAAGGAACUGCUGAUGGAAUAAGUCAGCAAUGAGUUAUCCUUUUCAACCAAUGAAAUCUCAGCAAAGGUCACUAAUUGUGCCAAAGUAUACAAACCUCAUGCUUUGGGUAAUGUUCUUCUUUUGUUGCUUCCAUAAUCAAUGUUGAUCUGUGUGUAGCUUGCACUUUAAUCUAUGUAAGGUCAUAAAUGCUCACUCUCUAGCAGGUACAGUAGGGAGAGAUGGUGCCUAUAGUAGCAGUGGGGGGAUAAUAGCCUCUGGGAAGGGACUGGGGCUGUG